AUGGAGACAAAAGUUGCAGAGCAGGCAGUGGAGGAGCAACAGGGGAAGAAGAAGAUGAGGGUGAUGGUGGCCAUAGACGAGAGUGAGUGGAGUUUCUACGCGCUCAAGUGGGCGCUUGACCAUCUUUUUGUGGGGCCCAAUGACAAGGCCGGUGUGGCGGCGACCCUGGAAGCACCUGCGGGGAGCCAAGAGAAUGUGAGCAUGGCGACUUUGGUCCACGUUAUGCCGCCGUUCUAUGACUACGUCCUCCCCGCUGGGCCCGGUGGAGCUGCAUAUUAUGUGACGCCGGCUCUGUUGGAAUCUGUGCGCAAGGCGCAAGAAGACGGUGCUGCCGAUUUACUCUCCCGCGCUUUGAAGAUAUGCAAGGAUAAGAUGAUCAAAGCAGAAACCCUAAUUCUACGUGGAGGUCCGAAGGACAUGAUUUGCGAAGCCACUGAGCAGAGCCAUGUGGAUCUUCUGGUUGUAGGUAGCCGUGGCCUUGGCAUGGUCAAGAGAGCAUUCUUAGGAAGCGUUAGUGACUACUGCGCACAUCAUGCAAAAUGCCCAGUUGUAAUUGUGAAGCCACCAAAGGAGUCUGGAAAGCCACCGAAGGAGACUGGAAAGAAGUAG